UGCUUCCUCAUUCCUUGGAAGUCUUCUUAUAGCUAGCCCAGCAAUGCCAAAGAAUGCUCUGGUGACCCUCAAAUAUGGGCCUUAUCGAAGCUGUGGAGUGGUGGAGCACAGGACUUUUCGCCUGGAGGGCAUGCAAGCCGUGUUAAAAAAAGAUGGGCAUCAAAUUGUUCUCCAGCAAAUUCCCGAUUGGAAUGAAGUGCAGCUGAUUGUGAACGGAGAGACCGUCUUCCAGUGCAACAUUAAUGAUUUAGAUUUCGGAGGAGAUGGCAAGCUGGACCCUCUUUGCCAAGAAGCCCGAGAAGCAGUCUUAAAAGCCUACUGAAGUUUUGCUGUGCUUUGUUUUUUUAAAAACCCAUUUCUCAUGAAGGAAGGCAAAAAAAAAAGACUCCUUUUCUACCUUGAUGCCAAAACAGUACGGUCUCCAAUUCACUAAUCACUUCUCUGUUUUAUAUCUAAUUAUUUAGAGCCUGUUUGUCCUUGUGCUUUUCUAUAUUCGUCUUGAUCUUCUGAAGUGUUCCUCACCUUCUCGAAUCACCCACGCCCCUCUGCCCACCCCCUGGCCACAGAGGGAGAGCAAUGAUCAAAGCUGCAUUGCAUGGCUUAGUUGUGUGUUGAAGCUUUCCGAGAACCACCUUUCUACUGCAUUCUUGCUAUAUGGAGAGUAUAGAGGGAUGGGUGGCAAAUAAAUUCAAUAACAUAUAAAUAAAAUAAAACAAUUGCAUCCCUCUCCCUACUUCAAGUACUUAAAAAGUUCAAAUCACCAGUUUUUCAUAUCAAUCCAAAACGAUCAUAUUCUAGGUAGCAGCAUGAAACUAUAGGAAGGGAGACUUCCAGGGCUGAAUUGCAAGCAUAAUAAUCACUCCUGACUAUGGCAAUAAAAUUAUUUGCUUUAUCUCUUUCCGUGAUAUGUCAUUAGCUGUAGCCACGAAUUUGAUAGAGCCUCUUGUGUUACUACUAGGACUUUGCCAACAAUGUAAGGUAUGCUUUGUAUUAAUGACAAUCUACUCAUAUCCUGUCCAUUUCUUUUGAAUUAGCAGAGUUCAUGAAAAAGGUUUUUCUUUCCUGUGUGGAAUAGGAUCACCGAGAAUCCGCAGCAUAUUUCCCUGCUGCUAAAUGUGAAGCUAUUCAUGAUCUAUGCUUCUCAAUCAUCCAAGUCAUGGUUGUCCCAAAGGUGCUUUUUCCCAGAAUGCAAAUGGACUUACUUGGGUUUUUUCUUUGAAAACAUUUUGUUUCUCAGCCAAGAAACUCCUUUAUUUCUGAACCAAGCAAGUCCAGUUGCCUUCUGGAAAAAGCAGGUUCAAUAGCUCUCUCUCCCAAGGGAGAGUCUUAAAAUACACUAGUCCAGUUCAAGGUUUGACUUUUCCCACUUGAAAGUUUAUCCAGGCCCAAGACAGGAUCAUUUGUGGUUCAAGGAAUCACCCAUCUGGUCUCUUCUCUGAAUUUCCAUCAACAGGUGAGGAGGCUCAGCUUUCGUCUCAUUUUAGAAGAAAGGCCAACAAAUGAUACAGAGAACUGAACCAAAAAGCAGCUUAAUGGACUCCUAGACUGCCUAGAAAGGUGACUUUUGGGGUGCUGUUUAAACGAUUGUGAGUCGACAACUGAGAUAUUGAUAUUUCUCCUUCAGAAUGCUAAGUAUCACAGGAAUCCUGAAGAAUUCGGAAACUUUUUAAAAAUAAAACACGAAUAAAGGAUU